AUGAACAUUCCUUCAAGCUUCUUGGCUCUCACCUUCGCUUCCAUACUCACUUUAGAAACAUGGGAAUCUUCAGCCAAUGAGCACCUUCACUUUCUCCGCUGCCUUUCUCUUCAUUCCCCAAACGGCGAUGACUCAAUUUCCAACCUCAUUUACCCUCAAACCAACUCUUCAUUCUCUUCUAUUUUGAACUUCUCCCUUCGAAAUCUAAGAUUCUCCACGCCCACCACCCCCAAGCCGCUUCUAAUCGUCACACCCUCACAACCAUUCCAUGUCCAAGCCUUAGUUAUUUGCUGCAAAGCCCAUGGCUUUCAGAUUCGAAUUCGAAGCGGCGGCCAUGACUACGAGGGUCUUUCUUAUGUUUCUGAUGUCCCCUUUGUGUUAGUGGACUUGGGUGAGUUUAGAUCGAUAGCCAUUGAUAUUGAGAACAAUACUGCAUGGGUUCAGUCUGGUGCGACUCUUGGCGAGCUGCAUUAUAGGAUUGCUGAGAAGAGCCAAACUCUUGCCUUUCCGGCUGGUGGUUGCCCGACUGUUGGAGUUGGAGGACAUUUCAGUGGCGGCGGGCAUGGUGGGUUGGUUAGGAAGUAUGGUCUGGCUGCUGAUCAUGUGAUUGAUGCCAUUUUGGUUGAUGCAAAUGGGAUGGUUUUGGAUAGAAAAUUAAUGGGGGAGGAUUUGUUUUGGGCGAUUAGAGGCGGUGGAGGUGGUAGCUUUGGGAUUGUUUUGUCGUGGAAGAUAAGGUGGCAAUAUGUUGCAAGCAAAGUUGAUGAGAAUCUGUUUAUUGGUAUCACAUUGAGCACUGGUCCUAACUCGGAAGAAAGGCAAAGAACAAGAACUAGAACUAGAACGGUGAAUGCGUCAUUCUUUUCUCUAUUUCUUGGCAAAGCCAACGAUCUCCUUUCCAUCAUGCAACAAAGCUUCCCAGAGCUAGAAUUAGCAAAACAAGAUUGCAUAGAAAAGAGCUGGAUAGAAUCCAACCUCAUUUUAGCUGGCUUUACAAACAGAGAGUCCUUAGAAGAAGCUCUCCUCAACAGAAGCACCACACCAUCCUUCAUUGGAGCCUACAAAGUUAAAUCAGAUUAUGUGAAGGAACCCAUCUCACAAACUGGCUUACCAGGGGUUUGGCACAUGCUAAGAACCACAGACAUUGACUCAGCUUCAAUUGUGUUGCUCCCUUAUGGAGGAAAAAUGAACGAAAUUUCCGAGUUGGAAAUUCCAUACCCACAUAGAGCUGGUUAUGUAUUCAAAAUUGGAUACUUUAUUGUGUGGAAAGAGCGAGGAGUUGAUGCAGCUGAGAAGCACUUGAAUUGGAGUAGAGAAGUUUAUGAUUUCAUGGCUCCUUUUGUUUCCAAGCCUCCAAGAUGUGCAUAUGUGAAUUAUAGAGACCUUGAUCUUGGAAGGAAUAAUGAGUUUGGGAAAGGUAGGAGCUACAAGGAAGCAAGCAUUUGGGGAGUGAAGUAUUUUGGGAACAAUUUCAAGAGAUUAGUGCAAGUCAAAACUAGGGUUGAUCCUCAUGAUUUCUUCAAGCAUGAGCAAAGCAUUCCCUCUUAUGUACUUUAUUAGGUGGUGAGAAUUGAGGUUGAUGCUUGGCUAUUUGGCUAUUCAUGUGUUGCUAUGAUCUAUUAAGAUUGCUAUCAUCAUGAGAUGGUAAAAAUGUUGAAUAUAGUACUCAUUCUAUAAGGCAA